AUGCCUUCAAACAAUAAUACAUUGUCGCCGACAAACACAUCCCAAUAUAACUAUGAGAGAGUGGGCACCAUAUCUCCCACUUUAGCCUCACUGGUUCACCAGAAUGGUAACCCCCGGUACCAAACGUCUACAUUACUUAAUGGCCAUAAAAUGAACGGAAAUCUAUCUCGUAAUGGAAAUGCUAUGCGUUAUCCGAAUGGCAUCUCUCCAUCAAAAGUAUCGCCAAAUAUAACAAACACAGCGAAUAUAAGCCAAUAUUCUGCGGCCAAACAGCCAUUACUGGAUAUCUCCAGAACGGCAACCAAUUUGCAAACUAGUCCUCACUUAAACGGGUCCCGAAUAGGGCCGCACUCACCCAAAGCCAGUAAUGACUAUUCAAAUAGCGAUUCAGAGAUGAGUGAACAUGGAUUACAUCAAGUGUUGGCCUCUUUGGCUCUCAUGUGUCUCUUAUCACUAUUGAUGGCAUUUUUGGCGCUUUUCUUUUUGCAGCGGACGUGUCCUAUAAGUGCUCUGACGGACAGUACAGACAAUGAGGAAAACAGUUCAAAAGUGAACAAAAAUCUAAACCAAAUGCCAAUGAGAAUUGUUAGCAAUUCUCGAGAAUAUGUUCGUGUGUUUCAAAUAUCAGUUUCAUUGAGCACUUUAACCAUUUCGUUAGACCUCUGCUGUCUAUUUGUCUCAUGUAUUCAAUUCUUAUCAGCCGUUAAGCUAAUGAAUACACCGUUCGGGAGAAAAAGCACACCGUCGACAGCCGCGAAAGGAGCAGAGUUAGGGAUAGAAAAAGUGGCCAUUAAGACUAUUGGUGUGAUUCUCUUCACGUUUGUCAACUUCGACGAAGUGCCAGCACUGGCCACGAGUGUAAUCAUAGGGUUGGCCAUUAUUUUCUGCGGAAUCGCUUCCGUGCAGAAUGUCUAUCUAUGGCAGUGGGAGAAAACGAAAGCGAGUCAAGAAAGGUCUGAAAGUCGUAUAAUUCAUUUAAGAGAUUCCGGUUAUUUGCCAUCCAUUGAGUUGUCAACUUUGGUGUGAUUUUUAAUGUUAUUAUUUUGUAUAGAUUUUUGGUACAAAUGUUAAUAUUUUAAAUAUAUUUAAGAUUUAUAAUUUAGAUAAAGAGUCACAAACGAAAGGGUAAAAUAAAUGCAGUUUUUAUAUCAUUUAAGUC